UGAGUGCGCAGGCGCACUGGGCUCGCCCGCCCCCUGACCCCGGGCCGCGAUGCCGGGCCUGCCGCGUUGAUGUGCCCCUCCCGGAGUCGGAGCUGCGGUUGCUCGUCCUCGGCUUCGGGCCCGGCCGCUGAGUCGAGGCUGUCACCCCGCCAACAUGUUUUCGGCUCUGAAAAAGCUGGUGGGCACGGAGCAGGCCCCGGGCAGGGACCGGAUCAUCCCGGCCGGGCUCCAGAGCAUGAACCAGAGUCUGCAGCGGAGAUUCGCCAAGGGAGUGCAGUACAACAUGAAGAUAUUGAUUCGAGGUGAUAGGAAUACAGGAAAGACAACACUAUGGCACAGACUGCAAGGCAAGAAAUUUGUGGAACAAUACAUCCCAACUCAGGAGAUCCAGGUCACCAGCAUUCACUGGAGUUACAAAACAACUGACGACAUCGUGAAGGUGGAAGUUUGGGACAUAGUGGAUAAAGGUAAAAGCCGAAGAAAAGGAGAUGGCUUGAAACUAGAGAAUGAUCCACAAGAGUCUGAUGCAGAGAUAGCUCUGGAUGCAGAAUUCCUCGAUGUCUACAAGAACUGUAAUGGUGUUAUAAUGAUGUUUGACAUCACCAAGCAAUGGACCUUCAGUUAUAUCAUGAAGGAACUUCCCAAAGUGCCUGACCAUAUUCCAGUCUGUGUCCUUGGGAACCACCGUGAUAUGGGAGAGCACCGGGUCAUCCUCCCUGAUGACGUCAAGGAGUUCAUUCAGAGUAUCAACAGGUUACCGAGAUCAUCAUAUAUUCGAUAUGCAGAAUCUUCAAUGAGGAACGGUUUUGGGUUGAAGUACUUGCAUAAGUUUUUCAAUAUUCCCUUCCUUCAAUUGCAGAGAGAGACGUUGCUGAGGCAGUUGGAGACCAAUCAGCUGGAUAUUGAUGCCACACUGGAAGAACUCUCCGUGCAGCUUGAGACCGAGGACCAGAACUAUGAGCUAUUUCUUGAGCUGAUGGAUAACAAGAAUCGGAAUUUCAAUUCUCCUGUCGCAGCCAACGAGCAAAGCCCGUCGUCAGGGUCACAGUCACCUGUGGUACCCCCAAGCUCAGCUUCCACGACCAACUCCAGUCCAGGAACUCCCCAGCCUCUUAUCCAAGCGCCACCCACUCCAUCGGUGUCCCCUCCCCCUCCCUCAGUGUCCCCCACUGCUGAGCAACGCACCGAAAUGCCACCUGUGCCAGCCAGCACCCCGUCCCCCUCCCCUCCUGCCAGCACCCCGGCUGCACCCGUGGCUCAGAAACGCAGCUUCAUCUCCCGGCUCUUUGGAUCCUCCUUCACACCCGAGACUCCGGCCACCAAGCCUGAUGCAGUAAUCCCGGUAUCCCCGGAGGAAGAAGUGAAGCCACAAUGCGUUGAUGACUUCGUCCCUGAUGGGGGACUGGACAAGAGCUUCUUGGAGGACCUAGCUCCUCAGAAGGAAAAGAGCAGUGAAGCAGGGCAGGAGAGUGACAGUGACGGAGAGAGGCAGGGCAAUCCCAUGGUCGCCGGUUUCCAGGACGAUUUGGAUCUUGAUGACCAGAUGCUGCAGAAGCCCAGCGUGAAGUCGCAGGUUCCCAGUAAAGAUAUAACCCUGUCCAGUGAUGAAGAUGAGAAUGCAAAAGUCACCAGGAGUCUGGAUCCACCAAAAAGGCCUUCCAAAAAUGUGUUGAAAUCCCAAGACGGAUUCCCAGCCAAAACCACCGAACACAGUCCUGGCAUCAGCUCUUCUGUUCCCAUCCAACCAGAGCAACCUAGCAACAGACACAUGACCUUUGGCCAGCCUGCUAACACCCUCCUGACCCCCAUGCCUUCUCUGGCAACUCCACUAGCCCCAGUGGCAGCUCCGCUCCACAGGACCGAAGGCAAAGACCAGAGCAAAGCUAAAGCGCAAGAAGGCAAAGAGUCAUCUGAGAGUGACCCCGAAGGGCCGAUCGCCAAGCAGUUGCUGUCCUUUGUGUUGGACGACCCUGACUUCGAGAGUGACGAUUCUGACAGAAGACCAAAACUUGAGGAGUUCCCUGUGCGAGAGGACAGCUCUGAGCUCUCCGACGAUGACGUCAGCUUGGCAAAGCCCACCGUGCCAGUGAAAGCCCCGGCACGGAUCGUGAAGGGGACCAAUGACAUGGACAUCUUCGGCCUAGGCAUCAACAGCAAAAGCCCCGCAGCCCCAGAGAGCACCGAUGAAGAAAAAACGAGCAAGACUUCCUCGAAAGACAAAAAGAAAAAGAAGAAAAAAGUGAGAGAGGACGAUGAGAAAAUGGAAAAAAAGAGACACAAACCGAAGAGAAGUAAAGAGAAGGAAGCAACAGAGGAGAGGCAGAAAAAGGAGAGAGAGGUAACAGCCGAGGGGGAGAAGGAGAAGAAAAAGAAGAGGAAGAAGGCAGCCAAGAACAAAGCGGAUGUGGACGCGGACGUGGACGAUUUGGAGAAGUUUCUGAUUGGCAGUGGCGACAGUCACGUGAGGAGCAGGGGAGCAGGAGACUACGAGGAGCUAUAGACUGGUCAUCGGUACUGGUGUUUGUCUUGGUGUUACAACCCUGUUCAUUCCACACUUUAAGUCUCUCUCUAACACUGGUGCAAAGCAUGUGCCCUGGCUUUGUGGCAGAAGCUGUUUGUCCCAAGCACUCCUUGGUCCACUCAACCUCCAUCACGGGUCUCUGUAAGUAUUCCCCAGUGCCGGGAAGGAUGUGUUGAACGUGUAUCAAUGCAAGGUGAAUCGGGGUGUCAUGUGUCUGGUCUGAUCUGGCAGCUUCAGCCAGCUGCCUUUGAGUUUAAACAAGUCCUUGGGGCAGCUUAACUUUAGUCGUGUUUCUCAAGGAGAUGGGUGGAUUCCUUGAAGUUGAAACUGGUGAUUUUAGCCUUUAGUAAAGCUCAUCUUCAGCAGAAUUUGUUGCAUUUCUACCAUCGGGUUUUGGAUUGUCUUCUGACUGCAGACAAACCCAUCACUCCUGCUCUGUGCUCGCUUACAGGCUGUACCCAGGUAAGAAUGGCUCAGCACCCCCUCCCUCCCAUCCUGUCACCAGUGCUACAGCACAGAACCAACGCUCUGCCUCGGGACUUGGCCCUGUGCCUUUAAAAACCUGCAGUAAACUCAGGCAGUUUGGGAGUCUUGUGACUUAAAGACUCCUUUUAAAAACAGAAGUGUCUCCUCCCUUCCCCCACUCGUUAACCUUUCUUUUCCCGUUGGAGUGACUGGAUCCGUGAACCCUGAACCACUAAAGAGUUUGGAUAUUCCAACCUGCCCUUGGCUCUUCAAACUGCUGAGCUGUCGAUGACUGUGGCAUUCAUUCACGGCCUCUUCCCCACUCACUCAGACAACGGGUAUGUUAGGGUUGGCAAGGGUGGGAAUGAGUGUAGCCCUGUGAGGUAAUUAAAGCCUGUUUCACAGGGGUCCCAGUGUGUGGUCCUGACUUCCAUUUCCACAGAAUUGAUUAAAAUCAGUGUAAUUAAGGCAGCUUCAAAUAAAAAUGGAAUGAUUAGUAUCUAAUUGUUGGGUGCAGAGCUUUUAUAACCAUCAAGGUAACUACCAGAGUGUAAAACUAAUUAAUUCCCCAAUCUAACAUGAGUCCUUUGUGUGUUACUGUCCCGGAUUACAGGAGCAGCACUGAGGGAGCCCAUGUGAAUGGGGUGCUUUGGGCAGGAAUCGUAGCCCCAGGGUGAUGUCGGCAAAGAGUUUCAUGCAGCGGGAGGGUAGUUACUGUGAGGCAGGUGCCGAAUGUACAGGUGAACUGUGCCUGUGCCGUUCCGCCCUGUUGUUCCUCUCCAGGGAGAACUUGUAUCCCACAUUCUGCAGUUCCAGAGCUUCCCUCUCAUGGCAUAACCCGGGUGGAGAAGCUCCCCGCUCUCUUCAGUUACUACACUGGCCUGUUCAGAUUUUAGUUUGUGUUUCCCAAACUGUCCGGUGACUCUUGCACUACAGUCUGCGUUGGAUCUGUCUUUCGUGACACAUUGCACUGGUGAAACAUUUCCACGCUCGCUCUCUCACUGGAGAUGUGGGGUCACAGCUCAGGAACAGGCCCUUCAGCCCACCAAGUCUGCACCUACCUUCCAAGCAGCUAUUUACACCAAUCCCAAUUUUCCUCUUGCAUCACCAUCAACUGCCCCCCCCCCCCCCCAACCAAUUAACCAAUUCUCCUUCCACUACCUACACACCAGGGGCAAUUUACAGCAGCCAGUUGACCUACCAACCUGUAGGUCUUCAGGAUGUGGGAGGAAACUGGAGCACCCGGGGAACCCCACUUGGUCACAGGGAGAAGGUGCAAGCUUCACACGGCACACGAGGUCAGGAGUGAACCUGCAUCACUGGAGCAGUGAAGCAAAACUGCUAACCACUAAGGACUGAGAGUUCAUCCGCUCCUGCUCUGCCUCACCGUCCCCUCACCUGUGUCUGUUCACUUCCCCCACCCAUGAGCAGGCAGUGGGGACUAUGUGACACAUCAUUAAAGCACCUGUGCUGUACCUGACAGCACCUCGAGCUGCCCUGUCCUCCUUUUGGGAUAAGUCACCUCCACACGUUGUGUGCACUCUGAGCUGAAGUGUGCAGGCAGGUUUGCCCUUCUGCAGGACCCUUUCUUAGAGCUGUACCUGUGCUCUGCUAAGGUGUAGUAUCCACGUAUAACUUGUCUGGCCCAUUUGCCGUUGACGUUUUAGAAAGGCAAUAGAAGGGAUGCAGCUCAGUGGGGCUCGCUGAAGAGAGUGGACUCCCACCCAGCUUCCAUGGAGUGGCCUUGACCAGGCUACCUGGAGGGUGGGGUGUCGGGAGCAGUGUUAACCCAUUUCCAGUCAGUGCACAGCAGAGCCAGACUGUUGAACAGGAUGGAUGGGGGAGCUGACGGAGUGGAGUUGGAACCUAACAUCGGAUUGUACUUGCGGCCUGUGAAGUGCAGGUGGUCCUGUCUGUCCAGUUCCCUUACGCAGUGGGUUCCCACACUGCACGGACAGUGUUCCAGAGGGUCACAGCUUGCUUCUCACCUCUGGCUGCUCUUCCAAUUACCCUAAAUUAAUGAACUCUGAUUAGUGGCCCUCCCACUAAUUGAAACCUCUUAGUCUGUGAAAACCACUUGCUGCAGAUGCAGGUAAAUUAUUUCCUCUGGUUCACUGACGUCCCUCGGGGAAGGGAAUCUGCCAACCUUGCCGGGUCUGCUCAGUGUGCCACUUCAGACCCAGUCACGCCGGCUUUGUUCAAGGAACAGGGACGGGCAGUGCCAGCCCAGCCAGUGAAGCCCUUGUCCUGCAAAUCAACAUUAAAACAUGAACAGAUGCUGGAAAUCUGAAACAAAACCAGAGAAUGCCAGAAAUGCUCAGCAGGUCAGGCAGCAUCUGUGGAAAGAGAAGCAGAGUUUAUGUUCCAGGUCCAAGAGACUUCUCGAAGCCAGAAGGGUCAUCAACCUGAAAUGUUCAUUCUGCUUCUUUCUUCACAGAUGCUGCCUGACAUGUUGAGCGUUUCCAGCAUUUUCUGACUUUGCUUAGAAACCAUAGUGUGGGGAAGUCCCUCAAGUGGCUGGGCAGAUUGGAGUGUUCUGAUGUUGCAGACUUUGGUGUCUUCAUUGUUCGUGGAUCAGGUGCCUGUUUUCCAAUGGGGCUGGUGAUUAAUGUUGCUAAUUAGUGGGCAACCAUUCCUGUGGAGAGGCAUGGAUACUGAAAGCAAUUGGAGCGCUCACCAGCAUAGAGAAUUACAUCAUCAAAGCCCCUCCUACUGGCUGGCAUCUCAGAGAGUGUGGCCUGUCACAAGAGGGCUGAGAGAGUUUGGCGCCUUCCUCUGCACCCUGUAUGUAAACAUCUUCGAUUAUGUUUCUGCAUUAAAGACAAAAAAACAUAUUUUCUUGCUUAA